AUGCAACGCGGCUUCUUUGAGGAGCUGCGGAAGCUGCGCGCGCUGGACCUUAGCAACCACUGCGUUACGGUCGACGUCGUCAAGAGCCUCGUGCGAGCGCUGCAGCAUCAGACGCUACUCUGCCGGCCGCGGCGCGCCGACGCCAUCGAUGUCGGGCUCUUCCUGCGCCAGUUUGUGCCGGUCCUCCUCCGCCUCCUCUCGACGCGAAGGCAAGUGCAGACUGUAGUGCUGACGUGGGUUGUGAGCCUCAACCACAUCUUUGGCAAGCAACACCUGCGCGACGUCUCGACGGCCCUCGUCGCUGGCAUGCUCGCACAGCCGCGUCCGAUCCGCCGGUCGUUCGUCAUGAAGACGCUCAUCCACUCAACGCGCUUUGACUGCAGCGUCUUUGCCAUCGCGAUCGAGGCCACGUCGUCGGCCACGAGUGUAGAAUUGCGCGCCGAGUGCCAUAGCUACGUCACACAGAUCCUCGAGCACUGGCCUCUUGAGGACAAGGCGCUUGCGAUCGAGACGGACGAUCAAGACCGCCACGCGCUCGACACGGCGCUGCUGCAGCGCCUCCUUCGGGCACUGUCGUGCUAG